CACGAAGCCAUACCCGGCGGUUAACCUUCCUCCGAUGAAGGCGACCGGAAGCGGGGGGAGAGCAGCGGAUUCAAAGGGUCGAGAAAACGUAGAGAGGGGAAAAAAAGCAAUAAAGAAACAAAUCUUCUUUAUGUUCGGGGGAAGUAAGCAUCUACAAGCAAUUCCAAUCUCUCGGGUUUCCGUCCAAACCAUAAGCAUUGUCGUGGUCUCGCAAUGGAGGGCGGGAACCGCCACGUUACCUUUGAGGCGGCCAAGGAGAUGCAGUCCCCCCGCUUCCGCGCCGUCCUUCGGGCGACGAGUGGCCGCAAGAGGAGAGGCCCCACCGACGUCAAGAGCUUCUCCCAUGAGUUGAAUUCUAAAACACCCCACCAUCUCCCAAUCCGAAAGCUUCGCGGACUCAGCAGCCCCGAAGAUAUAAUGACCAUCAUUCGAACAAAGUUUAAUCGCUUGAAGGACGAAAUUAAUGCUGAGCUUGGUGUAUAUGCCUGUGAUCUGGUGAGCAUACUUGAAAAAACUGCCGAAGAAGAUCCCGAAUGGAGGGUGCCCCUGGAGGACAUCUUGGUCGUAGCGCAGAAGUGUGCGGAGAUGCCUCCAGAUGAGUUCUGGCUCAAAUGUGAGGGAAUUGUUCAGAAUCUGGACGACCGUCGCCAGGAGUUGCCCAUGGGCACAUUGAAGCAAGCUCACACCAGGAUUCUUUUUAUCCUCACAAGGUGCACCCGGUGGCUUCAGUUCCAGAAGGAGGGCAUUUAUGGGGAGGAGGACCAUAUUCUUGGUCUCCACCAGCUUAGCGACUUGGGGUUCUAUCCAGAGCAAACUGGUUCAGGGGAGGCAGGGCAGGACCCCAAGAGUGCAAUGAGUUCCAUAAAAGAUAGGCUCAUGAGGAAAAAAAUCCUAGAGUAUAGGUAUCUGAGUCAAGAUUUUGCUGGCCACCCAUUAAGAUACUCGGCGGAGACGGAUUCACCAGCAAAAAUGUCUUCAUGGAAGAAGCUUCCAUCAUCUGCUGAGAAGAAUCAGAAGAAAUUCCAUGAUGCAACAAAAGAUGAAUCCCCCAUGAAAAAGUUAUCAGAUUCUUUGCCACAAGCAGAUAAAACUAAAGUGGGUUUGGAUGAGACUGCUGAAAUCCUCGAUGUCUCUGAGCAUUGCUCUGAGAUCUUAGACAGUUUGAUGCAACCAUCCUCGAAGGACCAAGAUGUCGCAAGUGAUUACUCUGAAGGUCAACAGAUCCUAGAUGAUGGGAAGCUGAAAAUGAUAUGUAGGAUUUGUGAUUUUGAGAUACCAACCAUACAUGCAGAGGGUCACUUUAGAGUAUGCACCAUUGCUGAUAGAUGUGAUUCAAAGGGUUUAACUAUAGAUGAGCGGCUGGAGAAAGUUGCUGAAGUCCUUGAAAAGAUUCUGGCCUCCUGUACAUCAAGGAGUUUUGAUACGGUGGCCGCGAACCAAGAGGGUGCAAAAAUCAGUGCCUCUUGUAUAAAUGAAGAGUCCGAUGACAUGUCUCCAUGUCAGAAUAACUCAUCCUGUCCAUCUGCUGGCACAAGGGGGUGUUCUUUAGAAGUUGCUAGUACUCUAACCGUGAACAAUCUAAAUGAAUUACCGACAAUGCUAAAUGGUUCAAAUUGUGCAUCAUCAUCAGGAAGCAUGACUCCACAAUCACCAUUGCUAACACCAAGGACUAGCCAGAUUGAGUUUCUAAUGAGUGGACCGAAGGCAUUUUCGGAGAUUGAAAGCCUUCAACAGAUAGAGAGUUUACUGAAUAUUGUUCGUGACGUUGCAAGUAUAAAAACAUACAACUAUAGCUCGUUGGAAUAUUUGAACUCCUACCUAGAAGACCUAAAUGCUGUUACUGACACUAGAAAGGUUGAUGCACUUGUCGUUGAGACAUUUGGAAGACGGAUAGCUAAACUACUGCAGGAGAAGUUCAUACAUCUAUGCGGGCACAUAGAUGACGCUAAUAAAGAUUCUUCAUAUAUUAUGGUUGGUGAAGAUGGUUCAGCAGAAAACAGAAUGGGUUGUAGCUCACGAACAAGCCGUCUGAACGCAAGGUUUAAAGAUCGAACAUCUAUUGAGGAUUUUGAAAUAAUAAAACCAAUAAGUCGAGGGGCAUUUGGACGAGUUUUUCUUGCAAAGAAAAGAGUAACAGGCGACCUUUUUGCGAUAAAGGUUCUUAAGAAGGCUGAUAUGAUUUGCAAGAAUGCAGUUGAAAGUAUCUUGGCUGAACGUAACAUCCUAAUAUCAGUUCGCAAUCCUUUUGUGGUCCGAUUUUUCUACUCCUUCACAUGUAGGGAAAAUCUGUAUCUGGUCAUGGAGUAUUUGAAUGGUGGAGAUCUUUACUCUUUAUUGAGAAAUCUGGGUUGCUUGGGUGAAGAAAUGGCACAGACUUACAUAGCUGAAAUAGUACUUGCAUUGGAGUACUUGCACUCCAUGAAUAUAAUUCAUCGAGAUCUGAAACUAGAUAACUUGUUGAUUGGGCAGGAUGGUCAUAUCAAGUUGACUGAUUUUGGGCUCUCAAAGGUUGGCCUUAUCAACAGCACUGAUGAUUUAUCAGGUCCGGAUCUCAGCAGUGCUGUUCUAUCAGGUGAUCAUGAACCACUGCCUGCAACAAAACGAGCACAGAAACGGGAGCAGAGGAGAAAGCAGUCUGCGGUCGGUACUCCUGAUUAUUUAGCACCUGAGAUAUUAUUGGGAAUGCCACAUGGCCCAACUGCAGAUUGGUGGUCUGUGGGUAUUAUCCUUUUUGAACUGCUUGUAGGUAUUCCCCCAUUCAAUGCUGAACAUCCACAGAAAAUUUUUGAUAAUAUCAUGAAUCGAGAUAUACCCUGGCCACAGAUACCAGAAGAGAUGAGCUAUGAGGCUCAUGACUUGAUUGACAAAUUGCUAAUUGAAAACCCACUCCAAAGACUUGGAGCAACUGGAGCUGGGGAGGUGAAGUCCCAUCCCUUCUUCAGAAACACAAACUGGGAUAUGAUCACUAGACAGAAGGCAGCAUUCAUUCCUUCAACUGAAGGCGAGGAUGACACAAGUUAUUUUGCAUGCCGUCAUCCAUGGAACACAGCAGAUGAUCAUAUAUAUACAGCAUCUCAUGAUUAUGAUGAUAUGACCGAUACAUGCAGUAUGAGCUGCAGCAGCAGCCCUCACAGUUGGGACCUGGAUGAUGACGGAGAUGAAUUUGGCAGUAUGGCAGACUUUGGAGCGCCAACACUCUCUGUAAAGUACUCAUUCAGUAACUUCUCGUUCAAGAACUUAUCACAACUGGCGUCCAUGAAUUAUGAUCUGAUAACAAAGUGUAGCAUGGAGUCAGCAGAUGCUUCUAAACCCUAGCGCCCACAUUGGAAUGAUAUUGUGCUUUCAAUGUCCACUAUUUCAGUCUCAAGAAAUGGAUAUCUCAUGAGAUUGAGUAAAUGAACUCGGCAUCAUGCUUCUUUGCAUACGUGUGGAAGGCAUAGUACUAUGGUUGGAUGAUCAAGGGCAUGCUGAUUUGGUCCUACUUAAUUUUGACACGCAGUCAAUUUACGCAAGAAAGAAAAGUUAAAUAGUACAGGAGAAAUAUCAUUUUUUCCAACUUGAUUCUUUAAUUCUUUAUUUAAUGGUGUAUUGACCGAGCUACAACCUUUAGUCCUUGUUGACAAAGGACUUUAAUACCCAUCUCAAGUUUCAAAGUUUCUUUAAUUAUCAAUCC